GUGGUAUUGAACUCAAAUCUUGUGGUGAAGUACUACAUAUACAAAAGUCAGAGGAUCACAGUUUCCUUCCCCCAGAUAAGUUGCAAAACAAGACUAGAAAUUCAACUAGUACAUUUCCUAACUAAUUUGAAGACGGAAAAUAUGAGAUCUUGCUUAGUGAUCCUCCUCUUCUUCUCAGUUGUUUCGCUUGUGUGUAUUAGCGAGGCAGCAAGACACGGACCAGAGAAUUAUGGAAAUGAAACACAGGAGCUUCUUAAAUGGGCUUCCCGGAGUGGAAAUCUGGGUCUUCGUGCACUUUGGCUCAUUCUGCAUUUUGCCGUCACCAUAUGGUAUUUCAAAAGUUUUGGAGUUAUUGCAGUGGGUUGCAGAUAUUGGUGUGAAAAGUGUCUGCCUUUAUGAUCCAGAAGGUGUGUUGAAAAAGAACAAGGAACCUAUCAUGCAAAGAUUCAGCAGUGCAAACUUGUCUGAGGAGGCUGCUGUUAAUGGUCGGCUUGUUACCCGCAGAAAUCUGACUUUGGAGUUUGUUUCAUUUGAGGAUGGAAAAGAAGCAGUUGCCAAAGCAGCUAAUUAUCUCUUUGUAAAGCACUAUGCAAAUGGUACUAAGGAAAAGUCAGAUUUUACAGAGCCUCAAAUGGCUGAAGCUUUAGGAGCCAUUGGUUCUGGAGGAGCUGAUCCUGAUCUGCUACUAAUUUAUGGACCCACAAGAUGCCAUCUUGGGUUUCCAGCAUGGAGACUUCGGUACACUGAAAUAGUACAUAUGGGGCCAUUGAAGUCUAUGAGUUAUGGUUCCCUUGUUAAAGCCAUUUUCAAGUACACUAUGGUGCAUCAAAAUUAUGAAACAACUGAUGCUCUGGUCGCUGUGCCUUCAUGUGGUCAAAAGUUUGAAACAAGUUUUCAUUCAGGAAUUUCCUAUCAGAUUAAACUGCUCGUCCGCAUUGGCUCAUUUAGAGUUUAGAUCAAACCUUCCAUC